UAAGCCUGCGCGGAUUUUUUAUCCGCACACACAAACUAGUUCAACGUAGCUAGACAAUCUUAGCAUUUUCAAAAAUGAAAUUCGCAGUGGUGAUCUUGGCGUGUGUGGCUGCCGUGAGCGCCCAAUACAGACCGGGACAGUACCAACAGUACCAACCCUACCGUGUCAACCAGUACUCGACCCCCAAGCCCUUCAGAUACAACCCCGUCGUGUACAACCCCACCCCCGCCCCUGUCCCCGUCGCCAUUGCCCCCGUAGCUCCCGUCGUCCCCGUGGCCAGGGCUGUCGCUGACGCCAGGAACGCUCAGACCCUCAAGUACGGAAACGAAGUCAACCCCGACGGCAGCUACUCUUACUUCUUCGAGACUGACAACGGUAUCGCCGCUCAGGCCCAGGGUACCCCCCGCAACUUCGGAGGCAACCCCCCAGUAGUCCCUGACGUCGCCCAGGGAUCCUUCUCCUGGACCGCCCCUGACGGUACCCCCGUCGUCAUCAGCUACGUAGCUGACGAGAACGGAUACCAGCCCUCUGGUAACGCUAUCCCCACCCCUCCUCCCGUGCCCGCCCAGAUCGCCCGCGCUCUCGAAUACAUCGCCAAAUACGGACAAAAGAAGUAAGAAGUUCAGCGAACACCGAGACUUACGCAAUUACAAUAUAGGUGCAUGCCUAUAAUAGUAAUGAGAUAGUACAACUUAGUAGUAUUUGAAAAUAUAAUAAAUGUGAUAUAUAUUUUAA